AAGAGUAAAAAGAAAUUUUUUUUUUUUUUUUAAUAUUCAUCUUCUUUUUCUCACGUCUCUUUCUUUUGUAGCCAUCUCUGUUUCUCUUCUUUUCUCCUCUCUUUACGCUUUCUUUUCUUUAUUUGAAACCCUUGUAACAAUCUCGCAUCAGUUUCAGUUUGAAGAAAAAAAGGGGAAAAUUCUCAUUCGGAAUUUUGAUCUUUACCUCAAUCACGGAGCUUAGAUCUAAAUUUCUAACUUAUCAGGAACUAUGUCUUUUGCACGGAGUUACCAUUCACAAGGUGGCACUCUCCAUGAUGAUCGUUGGCACUCUCACAAUAGAAACAACUACAAUAACAGGAACCGAAGUAUGAACACACAAAGGAACAAUAACAAUAACCAUAAUUGGAAUUAUAAUCAUUUCCAUGACAAAUUCAGAGACCAUAUUAACAACAACAACAACAACAACAACAAUAACAACAAUUACAACAACCCCUCUCAUGGUGCUCCAUCAUUGAAAAGGAGAAAAUUUAGUGCUGGUUCCUGGGGAGAUGGUGGGAGGCAUCUUGCACAGCCCAUUACAUAUGAAAGUGCAGCUGCUCCUUCAACCUACAAUAAUUCUGUGCCUCCUAUGCGGUCAAAUGCUGAGACAUCCACAUCUACAUGCUGCAAACGUGACCGCUCAAAAUUGGAAGAUGAUGAACCAGUGUUUAUGUCAAGAGAUGAGAUUGAGAGACACUCGCCAUCAAGAAAAGAUGGUAUUGAUGCACUGCGUGAAACACAUUUGCGGUAUUCUUAUUGUGCAUUCCUUCAGAACCUUGGAUUACAGCUUGAGUUGCCACAAACCACUAUAGGUACUGCCAUGGUUUUGUGUCAUCGGUUUUUUGUUCGAAGAUCGCAUGCUUGCUAUGACAGAUUUUUAAUUGCUACUGCUGCUCUUUUUCUUGCUUCAAAGUCUGAGGAGACACCACGCCCUUUGAACAAUGUACUGAGAGCAUCUUGUGAGAUUUUCCACAAGCAAGACAUGACUUUUUUAUCAUGCCUGCUUCCUGUUGAUUGGUUUGAACAGUACCGGGAGCGUGUGAUUGAGGCUGAACAAAUGAUACUGACAACUCUAAAUUUUGAACUUAACGUGCAGCAUCCAUAUGCCCCUCUUACUUCUGUCCUUGACAAAUUAGGGUUUUCCCAUACUAUUAUGGUGAAUCUGGCAUUAAACUUGGUCAGUGAAGGAUUUCACUGGUGAGUGUUCAAUCUCAAGCUUUGAACACUUGUUGAGGUUCCGUGGUACUUGGUCCAUGGAGGAGGAUGUGCUGGGUUUCUUCUUGUACACUUUUGGUGUAAAACUGUGUAAUAGUCGUGUCAAUAAUUUUCUUCUUUCGAUCACCUACUCUAGCUGUAAUUCUGGAAUGGGAUAUUGAUUCUUUUGGAAUGCAUAUAAUUGCAGGGUAUACACAAGAUUAACGUGCUUGUUAGCCGGCGGAUUGAUAUGCUGUGCAUGGAAAGUUUUUUUUAAACCUCUGAAGUUGAACUGCUGAUAUGUGUGGGUCACAUAACUCUGGUUAUAUUCCCCAUCAACCUGGUUAUCUGCACAAAAGAUAGCCUCAGAACCUCCAAAACCAUUUUUGCAAAAAUUUUUCCCCUUUUUCCGUAAUUUUUUUUUUUUUUUGAAUGAUUCAUCUGGCCUCUGUAGACAAACUUCUAGUUUGUGAGACAUGGUUACAUGUCCCACAGGUAUCACUUCACACUGAUUGGGGGAAUUCCAUUGUCUUGGCUUAGAUCAAAGACUCUGUAGGAUCUCUUUUGCUCCCCUCAAUUAUUUUUUAGCAGACAUAUCCGUAAAGGAUCUGUGCCAGUUGUGUUUCUAACAUGUGUGUAUAAUUGUAAGUUUUAUUGUAAUACAAUUUCAGGUAUGUUUGCAGUUGCAGCUGUACUUUCAAAAUCUUUUAUAGAACAAUGCGAUUUUUUAGUCAA